AUGUCUUCAUUACACAUCUCAAUUCUUUUUACUUUAUUGACAAUUAUAAUUGCCGAUAAUAAUAAGACAUUUUAUUUUACAAAGUCUAAUUAUGAAUUAUGGUGUCAAGAAAAUAUUCUAUCAAAUUCAUUAUUUCUAUAUCCGAAUCGAAUACCAAUAGGCAUUCUACGUACAUCGAAUAUUAAAUCCGUUACAUAUCAUCUUCUUGAUGACACCAAUAAUGGUUUAUUUCAAAUAAAAACAAAACGCCUAGCUGAUUUCUAUUUUCUUAUUAUUAAUAUAACACGUCCAUUUGAUAUUAAUAGAGAAUAUCAAGAUGUUUAUACACUUCAUAUAGAAGCACAAAUUAUUACGACACAAGAAAAUCAAACCGAACAAACAGAAAUUCGUCUUUAUGUUGCUGAUUCAAAUGAUAAUGAUGGAGUAUUUGAUAUGGAUGUCUAUGAACAAAAUUAUACUCAGCCCAUCGAUACUGAACAAUCACUUAUACAGUUUCAUGCUAGUGAUGCUGAUGAAAUUCAACAUGCUCAAAUUUUCUAUGAAUUAGGAUCAUUAUUAAAUGAAACCUUUUCACUUCAUCCGUAUACAGGCGAAUUAUAUCUGCUUACAAAAGAAAAUCUAAAAUCUAGCUAUGAAUUCGAUAUCUUUGCAUAUGAUCGUCAUCGUAAACGUCUUGUGGACAAUAAUAUGAAAACUAAAACACAUGUAAAACUAAAUUUUCAUCAACUAACUAAUACAAUAAAUAAAUAUGAAACGUUUGAAACAAUAUUUAAUCAAACAUUUGACUAUCACAAAGUUGUCUCAUCGUAUGAAAUUAAUAUUAUCGAAAGAAAAUCCGUAAAUUUAUUAAAUAUUCAUCAACCAAUAUUAACACUUGGAAUAAAACCAAAUGAAAAAUCAUUCGAACUAUUUUUACUAAACAAUUCAUCAUUGAAUACAAAGAAUUUAUUUGUUUCUAAAAAUAAUAUUUAUUUAAAUAAAUAUCUAAUUGAAGAAUAUAACCUUCAAUUAUUUAUUUGUUUCAAUAAUCGUACUCAAUGUCAAUAUACAAAAUAUCGUUACAUACCAUUUAUAGAUUUUAAUUUUUAUCAAUUUCGUUUUAAGUCAAUAGAAAAAAUUUAUAUCGAUGAAAAUCUACCUGUUGAUUCAUUUAUAAAACAUAUUCAAAUUGAUUCCAGUCAAUAUUCGCAACAACAACAAUCAUUAUUAGUUAAUUAUAAAUUAUUAAACGAUGAUAAAAAUUAUCAAUUUUAUAUUAAUCCGAAAACAGGAAUUUUACGUCUUGCCGAACGUUUAGAAUAUCGAAUUUAUACAUUAGAUAUUCAAGCUAAUAUUAAUUUAUUUAAUCGACGUUAUUCAACUGAAACAACAAUCGAAAUUCAUGUUCGAGAAAUAAAUAAAUAUCGACCUGUAUUUCGUAAUAAUACACCAACGGAUUUAUUUCAAUUACCAUAUCAAUUUGAAGCCUCUGAUUACGAUCAAAAUAAAGAAACCAACGGACGUAUUACAUAUCGUUUAUGGAAUUGUUUCGAUGUUUGUCCAUUUCAAAUCGAUCCAAAUAAUGGCACAUUGAGCUUAAUAAAUAAAGAUAAUUUCGAUAGAAAUAGUAUUUAUGAUUUACAAAUUAUUGCAUUUGAUUGGGGCCAGCCGAUUAGUUUUCAAAAUAGUAUCGAUAUUCGAAUCGAUCUCGUAUCGAAAAUAAAUAAAAGAUCUUUACAACGAACACGAGCAUAUUCAAGACGCUGGAGAAAAAAUUCAACAGCUAUGUAUUUUACAACAACAACAACAACAACAAUGUUUACAGAGAAAAGUACAUAUGAUACAACAGUGCCUUCGAAUAUUGAUACUGUUUAUUUAAAUAUCGGUUUUCAUCAAAAUCUAACAACCUAUUACAUAUCCGAAGAUACUGAAAUAAAUACAAUAAUUGAUCGUUUAAAAAUCGACUACGAUGCAUUUCCGUUAGACAUCGACGAUGAAAAUGAUAAUAUAUUUUUCUAUACAAUGAAUGAUACGAGUGUACCAUUUGUAAUUGAUCAAAAUGAAAAAUUCUUGAAAUUAAUUAAUAAAAUCGAUCGUGAAAAUCAAUAUAAAUAUGUAUUCGAAAUCGAACUUAAAUUAAAAUCUAUUUAUUCCAUGAAAUUACAAGAACAAUAUAAUUGUCAAAAGAAAAAUUCUCGUAUUAAUUUUCAAUAUUCAAAUAAAUUUUAUCAAAAAAUGUUAGUCACAAUUUACAUUAACGAUAUCAAUGAUAAUAUACCACAAUGUGUUCAUUUUCACACGAAUAUUGAUUUAAAUGAAAAUGAAAUUAAAAAGAAUCUCUAUCAAAUUCAAGCAUUCGAUCCAGAUCUAGGUGAAAAUGGUACCAUCACCUAUUCAUUACUUGAUUACACGGAUUAUUUCUCUAUCGAUCCAUUGACAGGUCAAAUUGAUUGUAUAAAAUCAAUUGAUUAUGAAGAAUAUUCAUUUAUUGAAUUACAUACAAUCGUAUUGGACCAAGGCUUACAAAUUCAAUUUCAAUCAAUAUGUACAACACUUCAUAUUACGAUCAAUGAUAUCAAUGAUAAUACACCACAAUUUUCAUCGAAUGAUUACUUUUUUAAUCUUUUUUCUGAUAUGCCACGUUACUCAACAUUCGGCCAAAUUAGUGCAAUAGAUAUUGAUAAAAAUAAUGAAUUGACCUAUUCAAUCAAUCCAAAUCCAUAUGUAACCAUAAAUACAUAUACAGGUCAUCUCCGUUUAAAAUAUAGUUUACAUCGUUUAAUUGAUCAAAUAUUAAAUGUUACUGUACAAGUAUCCGACGGUUUGCAUCAAAAUCAAACAAUAAUUUUCAUUUCAGUUAAGUCAUUUCCUGAUCCGCAACAACCAAUACUUCUGUCGGAGCCUGCAUACGGCUUAACAAUAAAUGAAUCAUUAUCAAUAGAUUCGAUUAUAACAAAUGCUUAUCGCCGAUUUCAAAUUCUUUCGUCAACUAUUGAUUUUAUUGAAAUAAUUCAUGAUGAAAUUAAAUCACCAUUCUCAAUUGAUCAACAAGGUUAUAUUCGUUUAACUCAUUCAUUAAUUGGUUUAUCACAAUCAUCCUAUUGGCUUCCAAUACGUUUGACACGUUAUCAUGCUCAUCCGCCACAUGCAUAUAUUCAUAUACAUAUAACAAUUCGACAAGAAAAUUUCUAUUUACCACAAUGUGUUGACACAUAUCAAAAUGUAAAAGCCUAUGACUAUUCAACUGACUAUCCAUUUGCUCGUAUAGAAGCAACAUCUCUAAAUAAAAAUUCUCUUAUUCAAUAUUCAAUUGUUGAUAAUGAUAAAGAUGAAAAAUUAUUUUCAAUUGAUAAACAAAAAGGUUCUUUACAAUUAUUGCCAGCAAUACAAAAUAAUCGUCGAUCAAAAUCCGAUUAUUUUUUAACAAUAAAUGCUUUAGACAAUCAACAUAAACUUUCUGUUAAUUGCUAUUUAAAAAUUCAACUCAUACGACGAAAUCAAUUAGUACCAAAAUUUAUUUCUUCGCCUGUCUAUAAUAUUGAUCUACCAGAAAUUCAAUAUCAUAGUGGACGAUUACGACAACGUCUCUUUCAAAUAGUUGCUCUAUUAGAUCAUCAAGUUUAUGAUAGAAAACUUGAAGUACGAUAUAGAAUUGUUGAUUCAAAUCAACAUUUUAUUAUUAAUCGUCAAACUGGAUACAUCGCUGCAAAACAACCAUUAAAUCCUUAUACUAUUUAUGAAUUUCACGUUCAAGCAUUUACUGUUGCUCAUCAAGAGGAUAUCCUAUCGGAUGGAAAUGGAAAUGAAAAUGACGAUGAUGAACAUUCACAGCAAGGUAAAUGGCGUGUAGUUUCAGCACGAAAACUCCUGCCAAUCAAACUUCGAAUCCUACCCACAAUAUCGCUUGAUAAGUCAUUACUAUCACCGAUUGAUUCGACUAUAAAUAUUGAUCUAUUAAAAACAACUGAUGUGGGCUCAACCAUAUUGCAUCUUGGAAUAAAUAAUCGAUUCAAUAAUACACAAUGGUUUAUUAUGAUUGGAUAUAUUCGUCAUACGAGAUAUUUUCAUGUCGAUUUUCAAACAGGUCAUUUAAUGCUUAUACGUCCUAUUGAUGAAUUAGUACAAGAAACAGAUACAAUUGAACUUCGUAUUAAUAUAACUAGUGAUUGGAUUAACAUGAACACAAUUAAAGUUAUUGUUCGAAUAAUGAACAAUAAAAUACCAUCAGUAAAAUUUUCUCAAACUGAUUAUUACAGUUCAAUAUCGAAGAGUAUUCCAAUGGGCGCAGAAAUCGCACGUUUAACAAUUGAAAAUUCUGCAGCUGACUGUACAUAUUCGAUUGAUUCAGUCGAACGAAUAAAAUCCUAUGAUUUAUUUCGUAUAAAUGCAUAUUCAGGUUCGAUAACUGUUAGUAAUUCAUUGGUGAAUUCUCAAAGUCAAGCACAUCUAUUGAAAAUUGUUUAUCGUUGCCAACAUAAUUAUCAUAUAGCACAUACGAAUUUGCAUAUUAAUAUAUUGGAUGAAAAGAAUCCAUUUAAUCAAACGCAAAAAUCUUUUCGAUUUAGUCAAGAUAAUUAUUUAAUUAUAUUUGAAACUUCAUUAAUGAAAAAUCGACCAAAACAUUUAGUUGAUUUCGAAUUAAUUAGUAACAAUGACGAUGGAAUAAGAAGAAAACCUGAUGCAAAAAUUAUUCGAGGCGAUCCAUUCGGUUUAUUCACUAUUGAUUCUCUCAAGCAAUCUCUCAUCCUUGUUGAUGAAUCACUUUCUCGUUCAUAUAUUUAUCCAAUAAAUUUAACCAUAAUCGAUACAUCACAAGAUGAAUUCAUCAAUACAACAGUAACAAUAUUCAUAUCAAACAUUGGCAUACAUUUUCCAUGUCCAACGUAUCUAAAAUCUUCUCCAUAUAUUUUUACAUAUGAAUCGAUAGAGUCAAGAAGUAUCGAUUUAUCAUCUCAUAAUGAAUAUAAAUCAUUAAUUAUUCGUGCAUUUGAUCCUUUCACACCAAUCAAUGGUGAAGCAUCGAAUCAAGCUGAAUGUAUAAUUAAUUCUGAAAUUGAAUAUUCAAAUGAUCUAACAAUCAAAAAUCUUGAUUUUAUAUUUGAAAAUGAAAUUUAUCUUGGUUACAUAAAUGAUACGUAUGGUUUAUCAUCGUUCGUCUAUAAUCCUAAUCAAGAACCAAUAGAAUUAAAAAUAAAAAAUUCAUUUCCAAGAAUAAAUUCAUUUGAUAUAACUUAUUAUUUAUUGAAUCAAACAAAUAAAAAUUUUUUUCAACUAGACGAAUAUGCGGGUUUAAUUAAAUAUAAUUUGUUAAAUCAAAUUUUAAACAAAAAAUAUUCGUUAAUUGUCUAUGCUAAAUAUGAAACAUUAAUUACAUUUACACGUUUAAAUUUAUUUACUAAUGAAAAAGAUAUUUUCUAUGAAAAAUCUUCAUUUCAAUCAAUUUAUGAAUUUAAACUCUAUACACCUUUUGUUAAUAAUUAUACAAUUGGAUUUCUUAAUAAAAAGAGUCAAAAUUUUCUUAUUUUAAAUGAAAAUAUUCUACCACUGAUAUCAAUCGAUAAAACAGGACGAUUAUUUGUGAAAAAUCGCACAUUUUUAUUAACAAAUGGAAAUUUUUAUGAUUUUUUGGUUCAAGAUGAAAACUUGGAAAUAAUAAGAAUACAAAUUCUUAUUCUCACACAACGUGAACAAAUCAAUGAAUGCAUAUUAAAUCGUUUAGAAUAUUCAAAUGAUAAUAAACUCGUUGGCUUCAUUGAAAUAUUAAAUUCUAAUCAAACAGAAAUGAUGUGUUAUCAAACAAUAAAUAGAUCUUAUUAUCUUUUGAAUUAUAAUGAUUUAUUUCUAUUGGAUCGUCAACAUGGUUUAUUAUAUUAUCGUAAUCAAACUCAAAUCAAUCACGAGGAUUUAUUAAUUUUAAUACAAAUUGAUAAUUCAAAAUGUUUAAUAACCAUUGAUAAAGUUUCAAUGCAAACAUCUUAUGUAAUGAUAAGGAACGGAAGUCAAUUAUACUUCGAAAUCAGCGAACAAUAUCGUAUUGAAAAGCCUUCUGGUCAAAUAAAAUUACAAAACAAUACAUUACUGAAUUACGAUAUAGUUCCAUCGUACUCACCAGUAUUUUCGAAUACUUUCUAUGAAUUUUCUUUAAAUCUCUCCAAUACAAACAAUGAAAGAAUAUUCAUUAGUCAAUUGUUAGCACAACCGUAUGAUACAAAUCAUAGCCAUAUCGUCUACCGAUUAGUCAAUAGAAAUAAAUAUUAUCAUAUGAAUCCUGAUAAUGGCAUCAUUGAAUAUAUACCAUCUAGAAAUUACAAUAAAACCAUUGAACAAUUUCAAAUCGUAGCCUAUGAUUUAAUCUAUAAUCAAAAUACAACAAUAAAUAUAACUAUUCAUAUUAAUAGAAAAGACACAAGACCAAUAAUCUAUUACAAAACAAUUUCCGAAAUUCUUCCACCUGGUUCAUUACUAUUUCAAACAAACAUUUCAUCUCACGAAAAUCUUGAAUAUACUCUCAAAGAUUAUAAUAGUGAUUUCUUUGAAAUAAAUUCAACGAAUGGUGAUGUUUUCCUACGAAACUAUUUAAUCGAUAAAUUUUAUGCAUUUAAAAUUCAUGUUUUACCAAUCGAUCAAAUUCUCAUCGUUAAAUUAUCAAUCACAAAUUACAAUCAAUAUAAACCAAAUUUUUACAAUCUUCCAUCGAAUUUAUCUUUCUCAUUAACAAAUAAAUUUCUCACGAAAUUUUCUGCUAAUGAUUAUGAUAGUGAAAAUCUUCAAUAUUAUAUUCUCAAUAAAGAUCAAGAGAAAAUCUUUUCACUCAAUCAAACAACUGGAAUAUUAUUAUUAAAUUCAACUGAAUUCAAUCAAACGACUAUUCAAUUAUCGAUUGGUGUCACAGACGGUUUACAUCUAACGAAAGCUCAUUUACAACUGAAUUUUUUUAAUUAUACCAAACAUUUACCGAAAUUUUCAUCGAAUGAAUAUAUAUUUUACUACGAACCAACACAAGAUACAAUCGGUCAAAUAGCUGCUUAUGAUUUAGAUUUAAAUGAUGAAAUUUACUAUGAAAUUUAUUUACAACCAAAUGAAAUUUCUAUUAGUAAAUAUUCAGGUGUUAUAACUAUUCAGAAGAGUUUUUCGUUUACAAAAUCAUUUAUUGAAUUUUAUGCAUCAGCUCGAGAUUUAGCUAAUCAAAUUGUUUAUACCAAAGUAAAAAUAUUCUAUACGACUGAACCAAAAUUUCGUUCUUAUUUAUAUUAUAUUUCAUUGAAUUCAUCAAAUGCAAAACUUCCAAUGAACAUAUUUCAAAUGGAAAUCGUCGAUUUAUUCAAUCAACCAUUAAAUUUAGUUAAAUAUCAAUUAAAAAAUCCAACGAACUUUUUUGAGAUCAAUGAAAAUAAAUUAAUGUUAAAAGAAUAUCUAAAUAAUAAUUAUCGUUUGACUAUAAAUGCUUAUUGGAAAAAUUUUAUCAUUCAAACAUCAAUCGAAGUACAAAUUGUCAAAAAUUUGAUUAAAUUAAAUAAAAAUUAUUAUGAAUUUUCACUCGAUAAAAGUUUCUUAAACGAAAAUUUUCUUAUUGAAACUUUUCCUAUUAAUAAUUUAACAUUAAAAAUUGUAUCUACACCAUUAACAAGAUUUAAUUGUAUUGAAAAUUUUUAUAUCCGGCAAAAUCAAAUAUUCUUCAAGAAUUAUCCAAUCGUAUCGGAUUUAUGCUUUUUUGAAUUACAACUAACGGAUAACGUCAGUAUUCAUUCAAGUCAAGUUAAAGUUUCCUUCAUUGAUAACUUUUUAAAACCAAAAUUUUCAUCAAGCAUCUAUUCUUUUCAUGCAAACAAUAGAGAAAAUCUAUUUCGAGUAUUUGCUAGUAAUGCAAAUAAAGUUCAAUAUCAAUUACAAAAUAAUUCAUAUGGUCUAAUGAUUAAUCAAACAUAUGGUUCACUUACAUUUAAAUAUGGCUUAGAUUUUAUUAAAGAUAUGAAUCAAAUAGAAUUAGAUGUUUACGCAUAUGAUGAAAAAACAUUAUUGAACGAUACAGCUGUAAUCAAGAUUUCAUUGAAUGAUGAACAAAAAUUUGUUGUACCAAAUGAUUAUUCACAAAUUUCAUUAUGUCCAAAUGAGCCGGUUCUAGUUUCGGAUCAAAGUUUACCAGGCACGGUCAUUCAAGACAUCACUAUUGGCAAUAAUAAUAUUUCUCCAUAUAAUUAUUAUAUUCUAUCCGGAGAUACACAUGGCCUAUUCUCUGUAAGCAAUCUUGGCCAACUCUAUUUAACAUCACCUAUGCUCAAUAAAACAUCCGAAGAAUUUUUUGAAUUAACUAUUCUUAUAUCAUCAUCGUCAUCAUCAUUAUCCUAUUGUCGUACGAAUGUAUCAAUCAUUCGAACACCUAAAUGGUCGUAUUUUAUUUGUCCAUCAGUAACAAUUGAAUGGACAGUGGAAGAAGAAUCUCCAAUAGGAACAAUCGUUGGUACAGUGAAAGAAAUUCUAUUGUCAAUAAAUAAUUCUUCAGAAUUGAUUGAUAAAAUCCAUAUGAAAUUUAACAAUACAUACAACGAUGCACAAGCAUUUCUUCUUAAUUCUCAAACAGGCAUGAUUACAUCGAAUUCACGUCUUGAUUACGAACAAAAAACAUCUUAUUCAUUGUCAAUUGUACUUGAACCGGAUGAAUUUAAUUGUUCAAUACCAAUUCUCAUUGAAUUAAUCAAUAAAAAUGAUAAUCCAAUACUGUUCGAUGUAAAUUCUUUAGUUUAUAAUAUAACUGAAAAUAAUAUUUUACCUUAUUAUAUUGGUCGUAUAAAUUUGAUUGAUAUUGAUCAAUUGUAUUCUUAUGAUUAUGAAUAUUAUCUUAAAAACCCUACUAAACAAAUAUCAAUUGAUCCUAUAACUGGUUCGAUUAUAUUAAACGAACAGCUCGAUAGAGAAUAUCAUGGAUUUGAACUACAAUUUGAUAUAAUCGCUAUGGAUAAUAAAGAAGAUAAUUUAACAAGUAAAUUAAUAUUUUAUAUUAAUGAUUUGAAUGAUCAUGGACCUAAAUUUGAUCAAGAGUAUCAUUCAAUUAAUAUCAGUAAGUCAUUACGACCGGAUACAAUUAUAUUUCAAGUAAAUGCAACAAGCGAAGAUCCAAUUGUGAAUGGACUUUUAACCUAUGAAUUAAUCAAUGCAUCGGAUUAUUUUUAUAUCAAUCAACAUACAGGAAUAAUUCGUUUGAAAACUUAUCUUUCAUCAAUAAUAAUGAAUUAUACAUUGACAGUAAAAGUAUUCGAAGCGGAUAUUAAUUUAACCGAUUAUACAAAUAUAUUUAUAUCAAUUGUCAAUGAUGAUAACAUGUAUUUUAAUUUAAAUGAGAAAAAUAAUUGUUUUCUUGAAGAAAAUAAAAUUAUUAAUUCGGAAGUUUGCACUAUUGGUUUCGAUUCAAAUGAUUUUAUUUAUGAAUUAAUUGAUCCUGUGAAAUAUUUUCAAAUAAUUGGAAGUAACGGUACAAUUAUUAAUAAAAAAGUAUUUGAUUAUGAGACUGAUCAACAUGAAUAUACUGUAACAAUUAUUGCCAAGGAUCGGGAAAAUCAGCCUAUCAUACUAUCUUCACUUAAUUUUACAAUUCAAAUUCAAAAUAUCAAUGAUAAUUAUCCAGAAUUUAUCACUAAAAACUUCACAACAAUUGUCUACUUAUUUCAUCCAUCAAUAAAUACAGUUGUUCAUAUAAUUGAAGCUAUGGAUAAAGAUCAAUCGAAUUUAACAUUCGAACUUCUUAACGAUACAUAUUCGUCCUAUAAACUUCAAACAUCAAUAAAUCAAACUGAACUUAGUUUAAUUGAACCUAUUCUUAUCGAUCGUGAUGAUAAUUUUAUCAUUCGUCUUUGGGAUAAUAUUACAAAUCUAUCAUCGUAUUACAUUGAUUUACAUAUUCGUUUAAUAUACAUUCAACGUUCAAUUGAUAUUGCAACAGUAAUUCCUCAAGAAAUAGAUGCUUAUAUAAAUAUUGAAGAAAACUAUUCAACACUUAAUUUCGGCCCAUUAUUUAUUCAAAAUCAAUCUGAAUAUAAAUUUAUUUAUUAUAAUAUAAUUAAAGAAGAACAUUUCUUUCUUAAACAAAUAUCUAAUACGCAAGUUGAACUACAUUUUAAUUCUUUACAAGAAUAUUCUCAAGAACAAAAUCACCGUUUAUUACAUUAUCAAAUUGAUUUAACAGCUAUAGCAUUAAAUCAACCAAUACCAGAAAUAAAAUUUUCAAAUAAUACAAUAAUUCAUCUUCCAAAACAUAUGAAUUCUCAAUUGAAAUCUCAUUUCAUCGAUAUUAAUCUAUGGCCUAUUGAUCGUGAAAUGUUAGAACGUUCGUUAUCAGUUAUCAUUAAUUUAAAUUCUCAAUCAACGUAUGAACAAUUUAUUAUCAAUAGUCUACGACCAAUACGUGAAUAUUUAGCGGAAGUUAUCGGUGUUAAUAUUAAUCAUGUUCAUAUUUAUACAUUUGAUUUAAAAGCUCAACAUCAAAUUGAACUACUUAUUGCUAUAAUACGUUAUCCAUCACGUUUACGACCACCACGUUAUAUACAUAAAAAAUUACUGUAUAAUGCAUUAAAAAAUUCAACACAUCUAUUUGUAAAAAUUAUACAUAUUAAAUCGAUUGAGAAAAUUUUAAUCAAUCAAUGUGAUUUAAAAUCGUGUGAAAAUAAUGGACGAUGUACAAGUCAGAUUAAAUUAUUAAAUAAUCAAUAUGAAUAUUUUUAUCACGAAAGAUAUCAACGUUUAUUACCAAAAUAUCAAUGGAAUGUAAAAUGUUUAUGUUUAAAUCAUUAUUAUGGUCAACGUUGUCAACAUAAACAACAUUAUGAAUCGCCAUGUACAUCGAAUCCUUGUUCGCCAUUGGAGAGAUGUAUCGAAGAAAGUGCAACUCUAUAUACAUGUCAAUGUAUUGAUGAACCAUGCAAUUACAAUGAAGUUCCAUUAGAAAAUACAUUGGAUUGUAUUAACAUUAAUUCGCCGACGUGUCGAGAUUCAUCGAAUACUUUAACAUUCGAUGGUUAUAGUUUUGUUCGUAUGAAUUCGACGAUGAACUUCACUCAACAUGUAAAUCUAACAUUCACAUUUCGUACUCAAGUUGGACAAGGAAAGUUAAUAAAAUUAAUCGCUUACGAUACAAGAAAACAACAACAUUUAUUAAUUAUUCAAAUAAAAGAUGGACAUAUUAAUUUUCAAUUAAAUAAAAAAACUCUUUUUCAAUUUAACGAAAUAUUAAUCAAUGACAGUCUAUGGCAUCAUAUUUAUUUUUCAAUUGAUUAUGCAUUAAAUAAUAAUUAUUAUUAUCAUGUACGACUUGAUCAUGUAUUUAGUCAUAAAAUUCAUUUAACACAACAUAUAUUAAUAAAUCAAUUAAAAGAAUUUUUCAUUGGUAAUGAUUUUCAUGGUUGUUUAGGCAAUUUAACAAUAAAUAAUCAAACAAUUCACCUUCAAAAACAAGAAAAUAAUAAUUUUAUUGAACAUAUUGGAACAAAUAAUGGUUGUCAAUUGGCUGAAAUGGAAACCCGUACAUUAAGACAUUAUAACGUGAAAGAUGAUCUUUGUUCAGUGCAUCAUCCAUGUUAUCAUGGUGGCAUAUGUUCAAACCAUAAUACAAAGCAUGGCUUAAGUUUUGUAUGUAACUGUUUAAAACCUCGAUUUGCAGGUCGACAAUGUCAAUUUGAUUUGCAGCCUUGUUUAAGUCAACCAUGUCUAUUUAAUGAACAAUGUGUUUCAGCCAAUCAAUCGUAUUCAUGUAUAUCGUCAUUAAUGGAUUUGCCAAUAUCAACGAAAAAUUCUUUAUACCUUGGUUUAGCUUUUAUUUGUUGUACAUUUAUAUUAAUUGUAUUACUUUUUAUAUCGUUCAUUAUUUACUGCCAACAACGAAGAAAGGAUAGAAAACGUCGUGAUACUUUAAAUACAGAUAAACCAUUGGUAUCAGCGCCACUACUGACUCAAAAGUCAUCACCGACCGCAAAUACAAUUGAAAAUCCAAUGCAAACAUUACUUAAAUUGAAUCAUAAUGGAAAACAAACUGUCGAAGCUAUGCCACUUGGCGAUCAGAAUCAUGUACAAUCAACAUUGAAUAAUUUUAAUGAUAAAGCAAUGAUUAAUCCAUUGAGUAAAUCGCCUCCAACCGUUGAUGAAUCUGAAUAUCAAGGUCAUGAAUCAUUAAAUCGUCGUCAUAGUGAUCCCAAACAUUAUUCAACUAUUGGAAGAAUGAAUAUUCCACCAGAUAAUUUUCUUGCUCAUUAUAACAGUAUUGAUUAUGAAUCUCCACACACGCCACUUGUUAAUCCGCGAGCAACAGAUUUAUUUGAUUUCCCAUCUUCGUCGACAAAAUAUUUCAAUGGACAUAAAGAUGAAAACAUCGCUAAUUAUCAAAUUGGUAUAAAAACUUUAUCGAAUUUAACUGAAAAAUUAGCCGAACAAAACGACAUGGAAAUAACUCACUCAUCGAAUGAUUCAUCAAAUAAUGAGCAAACAUUAUUAACAUCACCAAUAUCACAUAGUGAACGCAAACGUUCAUUGUUUAAUGGUGGUAGUACGCAUAGUAUACUUGCGUCAAACUCGUCGCUACAAAAAGCACCUGUCUAUGCCAAAAUUAUUAAAACACCAUCGAAACCUCCUAACAGUAGUGGUAUGAGUACAAUAGAACGUCUUCGUUUGAGUGGUUCACCACUUCGUCUUCUUUCAUCAUCUCCAACUUAUGCACGUACAACAUCAUUUUUGAAAUCUAAUCUAAAUCAUGAUAAUAAUCAAAUGUCUCAAUCAUCAUCAUCAUCAAUUAAACAUAGUAAAAUAAAUCCAACAUCAUGGAAAAUAAAUCCAAGAAAACUAGAUAGCCUAAAAGCAAGACGUAAUAGUCGACAUACAGAUGAUGAUGAUGAUGACAAUCAUGUGAAUAAUACUGAAACAAGUCAAUUAACAACGACAGCAACAACAAUAAAUCGCUAUAGACAUGCGAGUGAUUCCGAUUUAACAAAAGAACAUACUAAUGGAAAAAAAGCAACUAAGUUAUCAUCAUUUUUUCAAACUGAAGUAUAG